CUAAAUAUAGAAACUUGUUUUAAAAAAACCACCGACACACCAUAAUUUUAAUUUUUAGUGCAAGAGUCCGUCCAUCAGAGAGUCUUCAAAUCCCAAAUCUCAUUACUCUGCAACAGUUAAAUCCCAGCUCAAAAAACCCAGAUAGAUCUCUCUGCUAUGGCGAAGCACACGGCGGCGCUGAAAGUGGGACUGGCUUUACUGGCGCUGUGCAUGAUUGGUUACAUACUUGGUCCGCCGCUCUACUGGCACCUCACUGAAGCUUUGGCUGUUUCAGCCACUUCUUGCUCUGCUUGCGUCUGUGAUUGCUCUUCGCUUCCUCUUCUCACCAUCCCCACAGGACUCAGCAAUGGUUCAUUCGCCGAUUGUGCAAAGCGUGAUCCAGAGGUGAACGAAGACACAGAGAAGAACUAUGCCGAACUUUUAACAGAGGAACUGAAGCAACGUGAAGCAGCAUCGAUGGAGAAACACAAACGAGUAGACACAGGUCUGCUAGAGGCCAAGAAGGUAACAUCAUCUUACCAAAAGGAGGCAGAUAAGUGUAACUCAGGUAUGGAGACUUGUGAAGAAGCAAGAGAGAAGUCGGAAAAAGCACUUGUGGAGCAGAAGAAGCUGACUUCAAUGUGGGAACUAAGAGCUCGUCAGAAAGGAUACAAAGAUGGAGCCAAGUCGACUGUUAAAUCCAAAAGCAGCGCUCAGGCUUCUUAAGGGCACACCCAAGCUUUUGUUCUCUUAUCACACGAAACGACAGAGAGUUUGAGGUUCAUUGUAACUGUGAAUUUGAUUUAUACUACUGUAUUUAGUUUUCUGAUGGAGAUAAAUCAUUCAGAUGGAAUUGAAACAUUGUACCAAAACGACAAACGAUUAAUGGAUUUUGAACAAAGUUACUA